AUGCCGAUUACAAAAUCCACUACUAUUCACGUAACAAAACAUGAACAAAAUGAUGAAUUGAGUAGAACAUAUUUCUGUUCAAGUUUUAUACCAUCUCAUCAAAUAAAAAUUAAUUCAUGGAAUAGUUAUUUACCAUCAACCACAUGUAAUGAGGUUAAUUCUAUUGAAAAAUUAACAAAAGAAGAAAAUUUAUCCUGCACCGCUACUACAACUACUACUACUACUAAUACUACUAAUAAUAAAAAUGUAAAUUUUCAAAACCUGAAUAUUACAAAAUGCUUUGAAGAAACAAAUGAAUUAUCAAUGAGAAUACCUUAUUUAUUUCCAGUUGGUUGGGUUCCACCACCUCCACACAUUCUAUUAGCCUAUUUACAAGCAAAUAAAUUACUUCAAAGACAACAAGAGCAUCAGUGCUAUCACAACGAACAACAACAGUCACUAUGUUAUCAGGGGCAGAAACAAUCAAUUUAUGAGACACAAUCAAUACCGAUUAACUAUGACAUCACAAAUCAAGAAGCACGCAAAAAUACACUGGAUUUAUCAAUCUCUAAUAAUGAAACAAUGAAAACACAGUUUAUAAAUUCUUCCAAUUAUUUUGGUAAAGAUCAAAUAUUGAAAGAUGAACAUAUGCAAAGUCAGGAAUGGGUUCAAAAUUCACGAAUGUUGAAUAAGAGAAAAAAUGAUCAACACGUGAACAUUGAACAGCAAAUUAUAACAAUUCAACAAGAUGUUAUUCAGCUAAUAGAUGAUCACCAAUCUUUGCUGACUACGGAUGACUUAAAAAAUCAUUCAAAUAUAUGUGAACCAACCAUUUUACAAGUUAUAAAACAAACUAAAAAAGAACAGUAUCAAGUGAUUUGUUCAAAACCGAUCCUAUCUGGUACUUUAUUAGGACCAUUCUGUAUUAAUGAAUGCUUUAAAAUGAAUCAAACAGAUGGUCAACUGUAUAUAAACCAAAGUGCAAAAUUACUCUCAAUAAGUGAUACUCAGACAACGAUUGUAGAUAAUUCAAUUCUUAGUACUUUACAAAAUACAACUAUGUUAUGGAUGACAUUGGUUCGUGAUAUUUCCAUUCAAACAGUACAAAAUAUUACUGUCAAUACAAAUCCAAUCCAAUCGAAUAUUAUGCUGAUAUCUGUAAUUGAUAAUUUAACUAAUAAUGAUAAUAAUAUUAAUAGUGUUUUACUAAGUAAUAAUUCCCAAUUCAUGAAUACAUUCAAUCAACAAAAUAGAAAAUGUUUAUACUAUUUUAAAACUCAAAGAUACAUUCAUACGGGUGAAGAGCUUUUAUUAAAUGAAAAGAAUCCAUUAUAUGACAUGUAUCUGCUUAUUAAUGCAAAUAUAAAACUAUAUAAUUCUUCUAAAAAUUCAGCGUCCAGAAAAAUAUACACAGAAAAUAAUUUUCCAUCAUCAAAUCUUUAUUCACAAUAUCUUAAUAUUGAUCAGAAUGUAACAAAUUUGAACAAAAUCCGCUCAAAUAAUUUAAAUCUUAAAAAUUGUACAAAUAAUAAUAGUUUAUAUUAUGUACGCAAAUCAACUAAACCUAUGGGAAAUGACUUUACAUUACAGCAACAAAAAGUAAAAGAUUCAAGUUUCAAUACAUCUCUAACAAAUUCAUUGAAUCAAUCAUGGAAUGGUAAGGAUAAUCAGUUAAAAUUAUCUGGAAAACGACAUAAUAAAGAAACGGAGGUAUCAUUUAAUGAAGAAUCAAUAAAAUCUGCAUUUUCUCACGUUUCAUCACCAAACAGAUCCAGUGAUUAUAGUUUAAUCUCAUCACAAGCAAAUUCUUUUCAAAAUUAUGCAACAGAAUAUUCAAAUGAUGAUAAUUUAUUAAAACAAUCAAUGAAUAGUGUUCAAGGACAAUUGAAAUCUGCUCAUAUGAUUGAGACAAGUCCAGCUCGUGAAGGUUAUACUUGUGAUCGUUGUGGAAAAAUGUUUGCUUAUCAAUAUUAUCGGGACAAACAUUUGAAAUAUACACGAUGUAUGGAUCAAGGUGACAGAAAGUAUCCAUGUAAACUUUGUUCCAGGUCAUUUGAGAAACGCGAUCGACUACGAAUACAUGUAUUACAUGUGCAUGAAAAGCACCGACCACAUAAAUGUCAUCUAUGCGGGAAAAAUUUUAGUCAGUCAUCAAGUUUAAAUAAACAUUUACGUGUACAUAGUGGUGAACGUCCAUAUAAAUGUUGUUAUUGUAAUAAAGCUUUUACUGCCAGUAGUAUUCUACGUACACAUAUUCGACAACAUUCAGGAGAGAAGCCUUUUAAAUGUAAAUUUUGUUGGAAACCAUUUGCUUCACAUGCAGCACAUGAUAGUCAUGUACGUAGAACUCAUUCACUAGACAGUAAACUAAUGAAUAUUAAUCAAACUUUUCAAGUGAAUAACAUCUUAACAACAUCAACUACUGAUUUUAAACUUACAAUGGAAUGA